UGUCCGUUAACUGUGUGUCACAGCAUUGUGUGUCUUUGUAUCAUAGCAUUGUGUGCUUGUCUGUCAUAGCAUUGUGUAUCUGGUUGUCAUAGCACUGUGUGCCUGUGUCACAGAAUUGUAUGUCUGUGUGUCAUAGCAUUGUGUGUCUGUGUAUCACAGCAUUGUGGGUGUGUGGGUGCUCCUGUGCGUGACAGCAGCUUCUGUUUGUAUGUGACCUCAGUGUGCAUGUGACAAUAAUGUGUGUGUGAGACAGUAGGGCGUGUGAGAGACAGAAGUGUAAACUGUAUCUGUGAGAGAGGGUGUGUGGCCUGCACCUAACCGCAGUGUGUGUGUGUGAUCUGUAUAAAGAAUCUAAAAAUUAUGCGUGUUUAUUUGUACCUGUAACAUCCUACUGGGUGGAUUGUGUUAGUGAUACAGUGUGUCAGUGGCCCUAGUGUAUGCAUGAUUGUGUGCAAGGAAAAGCAGUUGCUAUGAUUGGGCCCCAGUGCACAUGAUAACAACGCUUGUGGCAUUUUGUGUCAGAGUGUUUAAGUUGUGCAGCUAGGCCUCAGUAUUGCUAUACAAUUACUGUGUGUUUGUGUUUGUUUAUGUGGACAGUUGUGCUUGUUUUGUCUCUACCUGUGCAUGUUAGUGACCCAUUCUGCAACAUUACACUGGCAUAUCAGCAUUCCCACACUUUCCCUUAUACACACACACACUGCCUCUGUUCCACUGUGGGGCUCUUCCUCCCAAUACCCGUACCCAGCUCUCAUUUUCGAUUGGGGUACAAUGACUGCCAGAGCAGGCCUUGGAUUUUGGGCGGCAAGUUGCUACGGACAGAGGAAUGACUCUCCCAAUUUUUCCCCUGUUGUACUGGAUUGCUGAGAGAUUCCACUUCCCUGUUUGUGGCUCAUCGCUUGGCCAUGUCCCCCCCUGCGUCAGCGGCAAGUGAAAGCAGCACAGGAUCAGUACCGCAGGAGGAACCCGAUACUCUGCGAGAACUGCAAAGGCCGGUCAAGCAGUCACUCAGCAAGUCUCUGUGCCGAGAGUCCCACUGGAAAUGUCUUCUGCUCUCCUUGCUCAUCUACGGCUGCAUGGGAGCAAUGAUCUGGUGCCACGUUACCAAGGUCACACGUCUGACCUUUGACAGUGCAUACAAGGGCAACUCUAUGAUGUACCAUGACAGCCCUUGCUCUAAUGGAUAUGUCUACAUCCCGCUGGCCUUCCUUAUGAUGCUUUACGUGGUGUACCUGGUGGAAUGCUGGCACUGCUUCACACGGAAUGAGAUGCAAUAUAAGGUUGACUUGGAAAGUGUGCAGGAACGUGUGCAGAGGAUGCAACAGGCCACUCCAUGCAUCUGGUGGAAGGCCAUCAGUUAUCAUUAUGUGCGCAGGACACGCCAAGUGACGCGGUAUCGUAAUGGAGAUGCUUACACCACCACCCAAGUGUACCAUGAGCGGGUCAAUACCCACGUGGCAGAGUCUGAGUUUGAUUACUCCAACUGUGGAGUCAAGGACGUCUCCAAGGAUCUCACUGACUUGGACAGUUACCCUGUCACUCGCCUGAGGUUUACCAAGUGCUUUAGCUUCGCCAAUGUGGAAUCAGAGAACUCAUACCUGACCCAACGGGCCAGAUUCUUCACUGAGAAUGAGGGGCUGGAUGACUACAUGGAGGCUCGGGAGGGCAUGCAUCUAAAAAAUGUGGACUUUAAAGAAUACAUGGUUGCAUUUUCUGACCCAGAUAAUCUUCCAUGGUAUGUGUCGCACUAUGUUUUCUGGGCAGCAGCCCUCUUCACUCUUUCGUGGCCCUUGAGAGUACUGAUUGAAUAUCGCACUUCAUACGUGCACUACCAUGUUGAAAAACUCUUUGGCUUUGACUACACACCAGUAACAUCCUCUGAGGAGCAGACACUAUGCCGGAGGAUGCCCCGAGUGAAUACCAUUGAUAGCACUGAGUUAGAGUGGCAUAUUCGAUCCAACCAACAGUUGGUGCCCAGUUAUUCUGAAGCUGUUCUGAUGGAUCUAGUGGGCAUCUCAACAAGCUACACAGCCUGCCGGUACACACGGGGCUACCGUCAGAACUGCGAUCGGUGCCACCGAACCAUCAGUAGUUCUUCCAUCUUCUCACGCAGUGCUCUGAGCAUCUGUAAUGCCACUCCCAGAAUCCCCUUCAGCAGUAGCCGUUUCUCCCUUGGACGACUGUAUGGGUCACGUCGCAGUUGCCUGUGGCAAAGUCAUAGUGAGAGCUUAAAUGAGCAAGGUGGCCCCACCGAGCAGACAAGGCUCUCCAGUCAGGUUACAGUAGAAGAAGAAGAACCCCCAACCUACCAGGAUGCCCUCUACUUCCCUAUCCUUAUUGUCCACCGUAAUGAGGGCUGUAGAAACCAUGAUCAUCGGCAUCUCCAUCGCAAUGGAUCCUGUGUGGAGACCUCACUGUGACUUCCUUUGGAAGA